AUGCCGGCACGCUCACAAGAAACCAGCAUCGACCAGCAUCGCGCCGAGAUCGAGCGCCUUACGCAGGAGGGCGCCAGUUGCGAGCAGGUUGCAGCCACGUUGAGGGCUGCCGGCUUCACCGUCAGUGCCAAAACCAUCAGUCGGUACCGCGUCGCGUGGGGUCUCCGCAAACGCCAGGCGAGCACCAAGGGCAGGACGUACCCCAACAGGAAGCGCACCGUCGCGUCGCAGGACACGCCUAGCAAGACCAAGUCCCAAGAGGCGCGCAAAGCAGAAAUCACCCGACUCACCCACCAAGGCAAGACCCCCGAGGAGAUUGUCGAGGCCCUCGAAGCCCAAGGCAUCCACUUCAAGAAUGCCGUCAGCACCAUCUGGCGUCUGCAGACCUCCUGGGGCUUGAUCGAGCCCGACAAACACAGAUCGCGCGGCACGGGACCAUACAAGAAGAAGAAGUCUCCCAGUCAAAACAACGAGGGUCGAGCUGGACCAGCGCAGAAGAAGCGCAAAGAGAUUCUCGCGCCUUCGAAUCCGGGUGAGAUCCUGCAUUAUCCGACCAACCUGCAGAAUGGCCCGUCGAAGCGUGGCGGCCCAGGUCAGACGCCACAUGGAGAUGACAUGGACGCGAGCUACAACAUGGACUCUAACCAUGGCCCGUACCCGGCUUUAGACAACCGGAUGCAGUUAUCUAAUCCCAGCGACGUUCCUUCCGUCAACGUGGCCGCAGAGCUCAUGGGCACCGAACUUCUUAUCGACCUGGCGAAUAGCACUCUAGCAGCAGCCCACAGAGUCAAGGAGCUGUAUCUGGCGCAGCAAGGCCUUCGCCCCGGCCCCGGCAUGAGCAGUUUGCCAACGGAUGAGGACAUUGCAACAGCGAAGCGGAAGGUGCGAGAGAGUGCGGCUGUCAUGCACGACAUGGCCAUGCCCAAUGUGGUGGAAUCUUGA